CUAGACAUCUUCAUCGAACACUGAACCAUUUUCCGGCCCCACGCAUCCGAACCCCCAUACCAACACUUCUCCGGUACAUCAUCACCCCACAGUUCACACCAACACCGCCACGAUGUCGACGCUCGAGGAUCUCGAUGACAUGGAGCGCGAUGGCAAGAAGGAGGAGAACAACGACGGCGACAAGAACAAAAAGGGCUCCGAUGCGGACAUGAAGGACGCAAAUGGCGACAGAGCCGAUGAUGACAAGGAAGAGGAUCAGGAAGAGCAGAUCGACGCCGAGAUUCUCAAUUCCAGCACACGCGACAUCCAAGCCCGGCGGCGACUACUGGAGAACGACUCGCGGAUCAUGAAAUCCGAGUACGCGCGUCUGCAGCACGAGAAGCAGAGCAUGGUGGACAAAAUUAAGGACAACGUCGACAAGAUUGACAACAACAGGCAACUGCCAUAUCUGGUGGGCAACGUGGUCGAGAUUCUGGAUCUGGAUGUCGAGGCAGAGGCGCAAGAGGAAGGCGCCAACAUUGACCUUGACGCCACGCGCGUGGGCAAGUCGGCCGUCAUUAAGACUUCCACUCGGCAGACGAUCUUCCUCCCCUUGAUAGGUCUUGUCGAUCACGACAAGCUGAAGCCCGGUGAUCUGAUUGGUGUGAAUAAGGAUUCAUAUCUCAUCCUCGAUACGCUGCCUGCCGAGUACGACAGUAGAGUCAAGGCCAUGGAGGUGGACGAGAAGCCGACAGAGAAAUAUACCGAUGUCGGUGGUCUUGACAAGCAGAUCGAAGAGCUGGUCGAGGCAGUAGUCUGGCCCAUGAAGGAGGCUGAGCGCUUCAAGAAGAUUGGAAUCAAGGCGCCGAAGGGUGCCCUCAUGUAUGGCCCUCCUGGAACGGGAAAGACCCUCCUCGCCCGAGCCUGCGCAGCGCAAACCGAAGCCACCUUCCUCAAACUCGCCGGUCCUCAGCUCGUACAAAUGUUUAUAGGAGAUGGCGCGAAGCUCGUCCGUGAUUGCUUCGCUCUCGCAAAAGAGAAGGCGCCAUCGAUCAUUUUCAUUGACGAGCUGGAUGCCGUGGGCACGAAACGAUUCGACAGUGAGAAGAGUGGUGACAGAGAAGUGCAGAGAACCAUGUUGGAGCUGCUUAACCAACUGGACGGUUUCGCAUCCGAUGACAGGAUCAAAGUGUUGGCUGCGACGAACAGAGUUGAUGUGCUCGACCCGGCUCUGCUGAGAUCUGGUCGCUUGGACAGAAAGAUCGAGUUCCCCUUGCCCAAUGAGGAAGCACGAGCUCAAAUCUUGCGCAUCCACAGCAGAAAGAUGACUGUCGAUGAGGGCGUAAACUGGCCGGAACUAUCGAGAAGUACGGACGAGUUUGGAGGUGCUAUGCUGAAGGCAGUCUGUGUCGAGGCUGGCAUGAUCGCGCUGCGUACCGGUCACAGCAAGAUCUCGCAUGAGCACUAUGUGGAUGCUAUCUCCGAAGUCCAGGCCAAGAAGAAGGAUACCGUGAACUUCUACGCCUGAGCAAUACUUUGUAUGGCUCUAUAUUGCUCUACUUUAUGCGGCGCGUCCAUAGACCAUGUACAACACCUAACGAGUCACUCGAAACGAAAGCUAGCACUCAGAGCAUCAGACGCUCUUCCGUUUCCAGGGCCUAUACCAUGACUUGACACAGUCAUGCUGAUAGUCGAUGAAUACAGCGCAGACUACCGCAGCUUACCGCUAUGAGCGCUCGACACAAUCAUGCAUGUGACAAACUUGAACAACAGAAUCUCACUACAACGUAAGGGUCUGUCGAGAACCUUGAAGAAACUACAUUCGAGGCAAUCGAAUUUCCGCCAUGGCACAGUCUCUGCUUCCAGAUGCUUCAGUACAUGUAGUCCCAGAAACAUACAUUCUUG